CUUUUACGUGUAUACAUCUAAGGUUAAAUUCUGCUUUCACCUAUGUGAGUUAAAAAAGUUUGAUAAACACCUGAGGCAGGUAAAUGAGUUUCUAGAUGACGUCACGGCGCUCGGUGCCGACUCCUUCCCGUAGCGCGCGCACGAUUGGGAAUCGUUGCCUAUUGUUUGUGCACCAACGGUAGAUCGGUAUUUCUUAUCCUGAAUUUAACUGUUCCAGCCUUCCGGUUCGACUUUGAAGACGGAAAACGUGUGCACUUAACUAAAAGGACACAUUCAACAGGUUGGAUUUCUACUUCCAAUGCUAUAACCGUACCGUGAACUUCAGUCCCCCCGCGGAUAUACAGGAGCAAGCAUGCCUUUGGGACUCCGGAAAAAGAAAAACAAGUCGAGGGAAAGCUCGAAUUUGGUGGAAAACGAGGAUGUCAGCGGACACGCAAGUGGAGGUGUCGCCGCGAAGUCCGCCGUGAACGGUGGCGGACUCCCACCUCCACCUGCCAACCAGCGACCGAAGCUGGUGUUCCACACGCAGCUCGCCCACGGGAGUCCGACGGGGAGGAUCGAGGGUUUCACGAACGUCAAAGAGCUGUACAACAAAAUAGCAGAAGUGUUUAACUUAAGCACGGAUGAGAUCCUAUUUUGCACACUCAACACCCACAAAAUUGAUAUGGAAAAACUACUGGGAGGGCAGAUCGGACUGGAAGACUUCAUCUUCGCUCACAUUAAAGGUCUCAAAAAGGAGGUGGAGGUGUACAAGUCGGAGGAUGCGCUUGGACUCACCAUCACAGACAAUGGAGCUGGAUUUGCCUUCAUAAAGCGGAUUAAAGAGGGCAGUGUGAUGGAUGGGGUGAAGGUGAUAUGUAUAGGUGAUCAUAUCGAAUGCAUUAACGGAAAGUUCAUUGUGGGGAUGCGGCAUUUUGAGGUGGCACGAAUGCUGAAGGAGCUGCCCAGAGAUCAGUCCUUCACCCUCAAACUGGUGGAGCCCAUGAAAGCCUUCGAGAUGCUUGAACCAAGGUCAAGGGGAGCAGGCGGAGCCAAAUCCUCAGGAGAGAACAAGAUGGGUUCAGGCAGAGAAACACUCAGAUUGCGCUCCAAGGGUCCCGCUACAGUCGAGGAGAUGCCCUCAGAGUUUGAGGAGAAGGCAGUAAAGAAAGUCGAUGACCUUCUUGAAAGUUACAUGGGCAUUCGAGACACUGAACUGGCUGCAACAAUGGUCGAGGUAGGCAGAGACAAGAAGAACCCUGAUGAAUUUGCCAUGUCUCUGGACCAGGCCCUGGGUGACUUUGCCUUCCCUGACGAGUUUGUGUUUGAUGUCUGGGGGGCCAUUGGCGAUGCCAAACAAGGACGGUUUUAAAACGCGGCUACACACAAACCCCACUACACAUUUGAAGAGCUGAUAUCAAGAGGGUAUGGUUUGCAUAUGUGUAGUUAAUAGCUAGCAUACGCAACAUCUCAAUUUUGUGAUCAACAAAGUUUUUACAAUUUAAUAAAAAGUAAUAAAUAGCACCGCUGUAUUUUUCAUGACAUAAGACAUUUUGCAGCCUGUCAAAGAGCGUCAGUGGCAUUUAGGCACAAGGUUUAGCCUAUCAGGACACAAAUGUAGAGAAUUGUUUUUGUGUGGGUAGCCUGUAGAUCAUAUUUAACACAAGCGAGGGAACGGGUGAUGUUUCAAACACUCCUUUGCAUAUAGAAAAUUUUGUAUAGAAUUUUGUUAUUCAUGAAUAGUCUUUUUGAAUAUAUUGUAAUCUUUAAUUUAUUUUGCUUAUUAAAAGGGGCAGACCCUGAAGUGGAAAGAACCGAACAACUGCAGUUUUAAGAAAGUUAGAGACAAUCUUAAGUAGACGUUUAUCAUCGUAAUAUUUUGUAGUCAUUAACAGUUUAGAACCGUGCAUUUUACAUUAUAAGUAGUGCCAACCAGACAUUUUACAAAUUAACUGAUAGCACAUUGUUGAUUUAAAUGUCAUGAGCUUAUUCUACAAUACAUUCCAUUAAGGGAUCAAUUUUUAUGAUAGAUUGUAUGUUUUUGUGUGCCUUCACUGUUGUAUGUACAAGUUAAUUUUGUAUGAAAAAUUUAUGUUGUGCUCAAAUUACAGGUUGUAACCUCUGCCUGUUGUUCACAUUUAUUAAAGGAGAAAAAUAUGCCAGAAAGUAGUUUGUGAUCUGAUCGUUCACUAUGAUAAACUCUUAAGUUAUUCUUUA